AUGUUUCAUGAGCCAUGGAGCUGUAGAACCCAAUUCAAUUCCCUGUUCUUGUCUGAUGAACCUUCCUCUAGUUUGCAAAAAGUGAAGGAUAGCUGGAGAGUUGUAAAUCAUAGGGACAUUAUACCUACAGUUCCACGCUUGAUGGGUUAUUGCCAUGUUGCUCAGCCUGUUUAUCUGGCAGCUGGAGAUCUGAAACUUGCAAUGAGUCUCAUUGGAGAUGAUGAAUCAUCCCUCCAGGAAAGGAUUAUGGUUGAUUGGAGGCUCCCUGAGGAUAAUAUAGAGCUUUUGGAAGAUGGCUACCAGGGUGACGUUAUUGGGGAGUAUACACCUGAUGUUCUUGUCACUGAAUUUAUGAAAGGUGAAAAAGAACUUGUUGAGAAAAUAUUAAAUACGGAGAUAAACAUUUUCCGAUCAAUCAGGGAUGGUAGUGCCCUUAUGCAGCAUAUGGAAGAUUUUUAUUAUAUUACACUGCUUGAGGUAAUAUAUAAUCUGAAGAUAAUCAUUAAUGUGAGAUCAAAUUACCAAACAGCUGCAAGGUCACAAGCCAGUGAAGUAGUUUCUGAUGCGCUCAAGAUUGCAUGA